CACUGGUGGCAGAAGUCUCAGCAAUGAAUCCAGAAGAGCAAAUUGUAACGUGGCUUAUUUCACUAGGAGUUCUGAAUUCCCCUAAGAAAAUAGUAGAUGAUCCAGAAGAGUUCCUGAAAACCUCUCUGAAAGAUGGAACCGUGCUCUGUAAACUCAUCAGUCGACUUCUUCCGGGAUCUGCAGAAAAGUAUUGUCUGGAGCCUAAAAAUGAAGCUGAUUGCAUCAGUAAUAUUCAAGAGUUCUUGAAAGGCUGUGCACUUCUUAAAGUGGAGCUAUUUGAUCCACAUGAUUUAUACACUGGAGAACAGUUCUCCAAGGUCCUGAGUACAUUAACAGCUGUAAAUAAAGCUACUGAAGAUCAGCCGUCAAAAGGGCCAUGUUCGCAUCUGUCGUCUCUUAGCUCUGCGGCUGGAGGUGCCCACACUGACUCCAACAGCACAGCUUCACAGUCAGCAAGGGUGUUAAGGAGGCAGUCCAAGCCUGUGGAGAUGACCGAGAAUGGCAGUCAUCAGCUGGUGGUAAAGGCCAGGUUCAAUUUUAAGCAGACCAAUGAGGAUGAACUCUCUGUUAACAAAGGAGACAUUAUUUAUGUCACCCGGGUUGAAGAAGGGGGCUGGUGGGAAGGGACCUUGAAUGGAAAAACAGGCUGGUUCCCAAGCAACUACGUCAGAGAAAUCAAAUCCACCGAUAAACCACUCUCUCCCAAAGCAUUAAAAGGACUUGAAAGCACUCAGCUGACAAAGAAUUAUUACCCUGUGGUGUUGCAAAAUAUUCUGGAAACAGAACGAGAUUAUGCGAAGGAACUACAGUCACUUCUGGGAACUUACUUAAGACCCCUCCAGUCUUAUGAUAAGCUCAGCGCCGUGGACAUCGCAUCGUUGCUGGGAAAUGUGGAAGAAAUCAGCACCUUUCAGCAAACACUGAAUCAAGCCUUGGAAGAUGUUGCAAAGCUCUCCGAGAACCAGCAACGUGUGGGAGGCUGCUUUAUGAACCUCAUGCCCCAGUUGCGGUCCCUCUACCUGACAUACUGUGCUAACCACCCGUCCGCAGUCAAUGUCCUCACGCAGCACAGUGACGAGCUGGAGAAGUUCAUGGAGAGCCAGGGUGCGGCCAACCCAGGCAUUCUCAUCUUAACCACGAGCCUCAGCAAACCCUUCCUGAGGCUGGAUAAAUACGUGACACUUCUGCAGGAGCUGGAGCGGCACAUGGAGGAGGCGCAUGCAGAUCAUGAAGACAUCUUGAAAGCCAUCACAUCCUUCAAAUCUCUUGUGUCACAGUGUCAGGAGCUGAGGAAGAGGAAACAACUUGAGCUGCAGAUCCUUUCUGAAUCCAUUCAGCGCUGGGAAGGAGAGGACAUAAAAACGAUGGGAAACAUCAUCUACAUGUCCCAGGUUAUGGUGCAGAGUGGAGGGAGUGAGGAGAAAGAAGAGCGGUAUUUCUUGUUGUUUUCCAAUGUUUUGCUCAUGCUGUCUGCAAGCCCACGGAUGAGUGGGUUCAUCUAUCAGGGAAAGCUGCCUUUAACAGGAAUGACGCUGACGAAGCUGGAAGAUGCCGAAGGGAACGAGCACGUGUUUGAAAUUGCAGGGAACAUGACGGAGCGGAUCACUGUGUCCUGCAGCACCAGCCAGGACUUGCACGAAUGGCUUGACCACUUGCAAAGACUGACCAAAGGGACGUGCAACACCGUAUCCAAAACGCAGUCCUGGAGCGCUCAUUCGACAUUUAGCUCAACCGGACAGAUCCGUGGCCCUCUGGAACCCCCCAAAAUCCUCAAGCCUUGGAGCUUGAGCUGCCUCCGUCCUGCUCCUCCACUCAGACCAUCAGCGGCACUGAGUUACAAGGAGAGGAUGUCUUAUAUCUUAAAGGACUCCAGCAAAAGUCCAAAAACCAUGAAGAAGUUUCUUCCAAAAAGGAAAACUGAGAGGAAAGCGUCAGAUGAAGAGUUUGUUAUUAGGAAAAGUACUGCUGCAUUGGAAGAAGAUGCUCAGAUCUUGAAGGUGAUCGAGGCAUACUGUACCGGGGCAGGCUUCCAGCAAGCUCUCAGUUCAGGCUCCCGUAAAGACUCCAUCCCCCAAGUCCUUCUUCCUGAGGAAGAGAAAAUCAUCAUCGAGGAAACAAGAAGCAAUGGCCAGACUGUCACGGAGGAAAAGAGCCUUGUUGACACAGUUUAUGCACUGAAAGAUGAAGUCAAGGAAUUGAAGCAGGAGAACAAAAGGAUGAAACAGUGUUUGGAGGAAGAGCUCAAAUCCAGGAAGGACUUGGAGAAGCUGGUCAGAAGGCUGCUGAAGCAGACAGAUGAGUGUGCCAGGGAGGACACGGGACGCAAGUCGUCUCUGAUUGCCUGAAUUUGGGGAGAAGCUGCUGGCAGUGGUGUGUGACCUCAGGUGUUUUUUUGGGAAGCAGAACUGGAUCCUUUGCCUCUUCUUGCUCCUCAUUUUGUUGGUUUGGGGGACUUUUGUUACCAAAAAUGUCAGAGAGAAAAAAAUAGUUUUUCUUCCAUCCAAUAAGGAAAUAAAGCAAACAGAAACAAUCAAUCACAACUAAAACAGUAAGCAAGUGGUCCAUGAUUCACAAUUCAUCUGCAGCAACUAAUACCUCAUCGUACCUACUACUGGGAGCAAACACAAUCUCUGCUAGCGAUUGCCGCUCACAAAGGGUAUGGCAGCAGUUUCCUAGAGGAAGCUUAAGCACUUUUUAAUGCUUUCAUUCUUUUCAAAAGCACCGGUACCUAUUUAUUGAAUGAAAACAUUACUGAGUUGGCAUUGAGCAGAAACCAAAAAGCACCUUGCUCCUUUUUUUCAGAUAAUCACAACUGGGGAAGCUUUUCCCAUCCACCUUUUUUCCCCAUUAGUUGACUGUAGCGAACUAGAGCCCAGCAAUACUGUGGUUCCCGUGUGGCCUUGAUACUGAUUAAAAUGUGCAAUUAACAUGAAGACAUUUUAACUCCUUGGGGAAGUCAGAUGUGGAGCACCUGUCAGAGCACUCAGGAAGGUAUGUUGCACAGGACUGCCUCCUAACAGCUCGUGAUUAGCACAACAGGUAACUGCUGUUCUGUCCCCAACCCCUUUUGUUAAGCAUGACCUGAAAUUCCUACACCCUGCUUUCUUUUCACUUUGAGCGUCCAGGUAUUGUAUGAGUUUAUAGUUUUGCUGUGCUUCCCCUUGCAGGACCUGCUUUUCUCUGUAUGAAAUGCAAACACUGCUUGACAGCAAAAAUAACACCCGAAUACGCUUGUCCCCUGCUCCCUUCUGCCCACGUUAGGCUCUCCUUCCCAAAGGCUAGGAACGUGCAGCCAACGGUCACUUCUCCCCCAUUGCCCCAAAGGGGCUUUGCUCUAGGAAAAAGGAACUUUUGGGAUAGAAAAGGUAUUUAUAUUUAGGCUUUGACAAGAGCUGUAAUGCUCCUGGGGCAAGGACGUGCAGUACCUUCCCGAUCCAUGCACAGCUCCUCAAACACAGCACACGGACAACAUGCAUAUGUAUCGGCUAUCUUCAUCUUAUUUGGUGUUAUAUCCUAGUUUAUAACUGAUGUUUUCCUUCCUUCCUUAGCAGCAUUAUACAAGUAACCUUCUGUUAAAGUUAAUAAUAAGUCUUAUGUAUAUCACAGGGCAGCAUGGUCCCAGGGUGUGCAGAUACACUGCAGCUCCUUAGUCAUACUGUUACAUUGUUCAUGAAGGAUAUAAUAGAGGCAAUAAUAAUAACUCCCUCAUUGCAAUUAAAAUUCAGCCAGAACAUAGCAAAUGGUGUUUGGGGAGAGCUAGACUGAAUCAUCACAAAGAAUGUAAAAAGAAGCCCUCUUUAAGCUGUUUCUAGGACAAAACAGGGGGCUUUUUAAUUUUUUUCUUUUCCUCCUCUGGCUACUUUUGCCAUCCCCUGAGCAUCCUGGUUGGACGGCGGCUCUCUGCAUCCUUGCCUGGGUACACAGUUGAAAGAUUGGGUCAACAAUUGAGUUCUGCUGUACUGGAUAAUCAUUUUCUAGGAUAACGACCUUUGCUGCACAAGUUAUCAUGGCUGAACCGCUGCUCUGGGAUGCCAUGCCCAGAUGCACCAGCAUCAUCCAUUCCAGCUGCCUGCUCGAGGGUGGGCUGGAAACGAGGCUAGCAAUGUGAAGUCAGUGCAAGGAAGUCAACCAAGGGCCAUUUGUGAUCCCACGGGAAGGUAGAAAUGUUUCCCUGCUGCCCACAGUUCAGUUAAAACCCAUGCUGUGUACAUAUGCAUGUUUCUAAGAUGUAAUGUGAUGGAGGGCACACUGGGACAUUUUGGAUCAGGCAUUUGUCAAGAGCUAGAAGCCAAAAAAAAGAAAAGAAAAUAAAAAGGAAAAGAAGCCAUGCCAGAUGGACAGCAAUGUUUCCAUAUUUACUUUGUUUACAGUGCUUUGUAAAUAGGUUCCAGUAAGUCCAUCUUUAAAUGGAUGUUGUGUCAGCUGCCUUCCAGUUUAUCUUUGUCAUGUAGGUUUAUUUACUGUAACUACUUAUGCAAGUUCAACUUUUCUAACAUGUUUUUAUUUUGAACAGUUUUUUAAUUGACAUUUUCAACAAAUAAAGAAGGAUAAAAACCACUUCUUA